GUUCUACCUAAUCUGAACCUGGGAUGUUAUUGGCACCGCCUCAGCCCAAUCUCUUGGCAAACCAUCCAGCCAGUCACUAUAUAUACGAGGCUCUCCCCCACACCCGCUUCCUUUGCUCACGCCUCGCCAAGUUCAACGUCAGAGCCAGCCGAAUACAUACGCUCGUUAGGUUCUCACUCUUCGCAGUGAAGAUUCUAGCCUGCUAAAGUUCCUCAGUGUCUUUUCUUUCUCUUUCCCGAGCAAAGAUCAGUCCUGAGAACUUCCGGAGCUCCCCUUCGCAUGCCACGAUAAUCAGCGCCACGCUCGCUCACCACGCUCUUUUCCCUCGCCAACCUUCGUCGCUCAUUCAACGAUUCCCCUCUUCGGAUCACAAUGUUCAAGCGCUCUUUCGCCUCGAAGGAUCGCGUCACUAAGGUGACCAAACAGCCGAAGAAAUCGUUCCGUGAGAAUAUUCAAGCCAAGCAGAAGAUGUUCGAGAAGAUGGACAGUCCCAUGUCCAUGGGCAGCACCUCUCCUGGUCUUACCAGUGCCAUCAUCACUCUUGUGAUUGGCAAAGACCAGCGAUUGUUCGCUGCUCACGAAGACGUACUGUGCUACUCGCCGUUCUUUGCUUCGGCGCUGCGAGGCCAGUUCUUCGACGACACUCGACGCAUCAACCUGCCCGACGAAGAAGCUGAAGUCUUUUCCUGUAUCCUCGAGUAUCUCUACAAGGGGGACUACUAUCCCCGCCUCCUGCAAGACAAGAGGCACAACACAUGGAUACUAGAAGGUGCAGUCUCCUCCCCGGAUCCGUCCGAUAAAACUGGCGGUCGCGGUCCAGUCGAGCCCACAAUCUAUCAUUCGGGUGUGGGCGAUGUCAUCUUGCGUGACACAGCGGUGUACUGCGCCGCAGAGCGGUACGGUCUCGAGGAGCUCAAGAAGCUCGCUCUGCGCAAGCAGGGUCUCCAAAGUGGGAUCGAGGUUGGCACCAUUCUCCGCAGUGCUCGCUACGCGUAUGACAACACUCCCGACAAUGACUCGAGGCUCCGCGCUCACUACCUUGCUCUCAUUAUCCGUAGCCGACGCACUUUCAAGCGCAGUGGCACAAUGCAGAUGGAGAUGGAGAUUGGCGGUAAAUUGUUCUUUGAUCUCUUCGUGGCGAUGUGCAACCACAUCGAUGAUAUUGUGGACAUCUCGAACUCGAAAUCUCCCAAGACCAUCUAGACUGGCUUGCACAGAACCUUGGACGAGCAUCAAACAUCCCGCUCGGAGUUGCCCAGAAUGAGAAGUCCCCCAAGUUUCGCGACCAAAUUGCUAUCGCCUUGAUCGGCGCCCCGCGAAUACCCCUCCGAGCGCU